AUGGUUCAGGCUACAGACGAAAUGGAACAACCUGACCUGCCUCAAGCUUUAAAAUUGUUUAAAGAAAUGAAUAUGAACGUGCAUCAGGUUUCACAAUUAGUUGAUAAUAUGUUAUUGCGUGUGAAAAGCGGUGAAAUUUCCACAGACAAGGGCCUCAGUUUUUUGGAAAUGAAAUACCAAAUGCUUCUUAGUUAUUUAAUCAAUUUAACGUAUAUUGUACUAAGAAAAUGUUCAGGAGAAAAAAUUGAUUCUGACCCUUCCAUUGACAGACUUGUUGAAAUAAGAACUGUUCUUGAAAAAAUUCGUCCAAUAGAUUCUAAAUUGAAGUAUCAGAUUGAUAAACUUGUUAAAACAGCAGUUGUUGGUACUUCUGAGGAUGAUCCCCAAUCUUACCAUGCUAAUCCUGACAACCUAGUUAGUAAGAUAGAUGGCAGUGAGGAUGAGUCUAGUAAUGAAUCAGAUAGUGGUGAUAAGAAGGAAAAAAAGGAAAAGUCUAGUAUCUAUGUACCUCCUAAACUGGCAGCUGUUCAUUUUGAUGAUAAUAUUUCUCGAAGUGAUAGUGAAAAGAAAAACAAGGAGAGAAAGAAAAAACAAUUUCUUAAUUCCAGUGUUAUGAGAGAGCUCCGUGAAGAAUAUUCUGAGGCACCUCUAGAAAUGAGCACAGGGAAUCAUGUCAAGCAUUCAAUAUCAAAAUAUGAACAAGAAAAAACGGAAUAUGAAGAAAAUUACUUGACUCGUCUACCAGUAACAAAAGCAGAGAAAAAUCGGAGGAAAAAAUUAACAACUGUAGGUAUGCUGGCUGAUGAAGUAACUGGGAGCCGUAGUACAGCACGAAAGCAUAAAAUGAAAACAAAAAAAGGUAAAGGAUUUAAGAGACGGCGUACACAC